AUGUUCUCCAUUCAGAAAAUGUUUGGUGUAAUUGCCAUGCUCUCCAUGAGGCAAGUUCCAUACUCUCCCAUCUCUCAUUGCAACAGAACUAACACCCCACCAGCACCUACACAACCGCCAAACCCCUUGUCACCAUCCCCCCUUGGGCCCAAGGAACACCACUCCCCACCACCCCAUCUCCCUGCUACACAUUCACAGACUACACAUCCCCCACCGUAAUCCGUACGUCCAUUCCCAUCACCUCUCCCUCACUUCCCUACUUCCCCUAACAAACUCUACAUAUCAAAAAACCCACAUACCAAAAACCCAUUUUUACCCGUCCUUACUUGAUUGAGUAUACUAACUAACCCACAACACCAGCCGCCAGCUGCCCACCAACCAACACCUGCCCCCCACACAUCCUCUGCAUCGAAGAAGUAGUAGUAACCAUCACCGCGCCCUGCCCCGACGCACAAUGCCCACUAACUCCCACCGUCACGGCGACCCCCUCGCCCGUUUGUCCUACUUGCGUAACGGGAUGUGAUAAGGCUACAACGACUACGACAGUCACUGAGGAAGGCUGUCAGGCGAGCGUUAACCCGGGUGGUCCUUUGAUCCCUGCUGCUCCUACUACGACUGCUGCUCCUGUCGAGAAGAUCUAG